AUGGCAUCAAAGAAAAGGGGAAGCUUUGUCCGCGCUCCUGGUGAGGAUUUAGUUGAAUAUGAGCAAUAAAUAGAAAGCGUUAAAUAUAAUAUGAAUCGUAGAGGGUCAACAAGAGAAGAAACUUAAAAUGAAAUCAACAAAUUAAAGCAAUCAUUUAGCUCUCACAGAACUGCGACUUCAUUAAAUACUAUAUUUGCAUUAACUAAUUCUAUGGUUGGUUCAGUUUGUUUGCUCAUUCCAAUCACUUUUGCAUAGACUGGUAUAAUAAUGAGUAUUUUAAUCAUGUUUUUAAUUGGUCUGAUUAAUAUGAAGACAAGUUAAUUGUAUUUGGCUCAUUUGAGAGAAGGAGAAGUUGAUUUAUCAGAUUUGAUCAUGAGAACUCUUGGUAAAAAAUAUGCUAUUUUGUUUAACUUCUCGAGCUCUUUACUGAUGUUUUUAGUAGGAACUAUCUAUUUCAUAUUAAUUAAUAAUACUGCUUAUCCUAUGUUAUGUUUUAUUUUAACCAAAGCUAAUGCAAAUCCUGAUUCCUACGUUUCUCAAGAUCAUAUGAACGAUGAAAUGGUAUUCAGUAAAUUUUCUAUUUAAUGGUUGAGUGUUAUAAUUAUUGUUUGUGUAUUCCCUCUCUUCCUAAUUAAAAAUAUGAAAUUUAUCAUGAAGCUUGCUCAUGGAGGUUUCUUUGCUAUUGGAAUGUAUGUCAUUUUCAUUUUAUAUGCAUUUAUAGAUAAUGCUGCUAAUGGAAAUUUAGCAGAACAUGCCUCAGAUGUUAAAUUUUUCACUGGUGACAUUGCUGCUGUUGGAGGUAAUUUUGCUCUUGCUUUCAUGGUUCAUAAUGCCAUAGCCUAAAUUAUGAGUUAAAAUGCUCGUCCUGAAAAGAAUAAUAGGGAUAUGUCUAUUGGCUAUCUCUUAGCUGCAACUAUUUAUGCUAUUAUUGGUAUUUUUGGAACUUAUGGAAUUGUUGGUAGAUCUCACCCUGAUAAUGCUUCAACAAUUACCUAAUACUUUGAUAGUGAUAGUGUUCCACCAUUUAUUAUUAAUCUUUUCUUCUCAGGUCACUUAAUUACUGCUUAUCCUUUAUUCUGCUACAUCUCUAAAACAUAAUUCUUUAACCUUAUAAUGCCCACUUCUGUACCUUCACCUCUAGCUGUUAUGGUAUAUAACUUUUUCUUUGGUGGAUGCUGCUUUUUGAUGGUUUUGCUUAAUAUAAGCCCCGGUAUAGUCAUUGGUAUAACUGGUGCUGUUGUUGGAUUUGCUAUUGUUUACUUGCUCCCUAUUUUGAUUCAUAUGAAAUGCAUAAUUAAAAACUCACAAGCCAAUAAAAAUAGCUAAAAUGAAUAAUUACUUAUUAACAACGAUUAUUCAACUACAUCUUCUGUGAAUACAUUUUCUUGUGGAAAUCAUAAUAUUACUGAAAGAAACAUCUAUGUUAGAGGAGCAUUUUAUUUAACAAUUGUUGGUAUUGGUAUCUAUUUAGCAAUAAUUCAGCUUAUUCCAAUUUUCUAAAGCUUUUGA